CUCGGCGGGCCAAUGGGAGAGGAGGAGCGGUCCCCUGGCCCCGCCUCUCACGGCCUCACACGCAGCGACGUGCUAGGGUCCUCCCCACCCCCUCCUUCGGCCAAUCAGGAAACGGCUCCGAGGGAGCGCGCGAGGUUUCCUUCCCCGCGCACCCGUUCUCACCGUUAAACGGCUGCGUCUCGCGACAAUCCCAAAGUGACCUUUUCCCCCUCCUCCGGAGUUAGACGCGCGCUAGGGGCAGUGGGAGGGGCAGGAGUGGCGAGGGAGGGGGUGGGAAGGAAACGCACCUCUUUCCCCGCCUUGUGCGCGCCCUGGGCCGGAUGCGCGCGCACCUGCCUCCCUGAGGAGCCGCUAUUACCAUAGGGGCGCUUUCUACGCUUCCUUAGGCCGCAGAAGUAGCCUGAGUGUUCCUCAGCCUCCAACCCGACCCCACUUUCCUGUCUCUGGCCUUUAUGUCCCCAGCGCCGCCAGGAUAUGCGGGGAGAAGGGGGAAAAUUUUUGGAGCUGUCGCUUCUCCUUUAAGAAAAAAAGCUCCGUGGGCUGCCGGAGGAAAGUCUCUGAAAAAAUGGCGGCGGAGGAACGGAGGCGGGGUUGUGGGGGCCGCGGAGGCCCGCCUUUUUGCGCAUGCGCACCGGCAGCCCAGCCAAGAGCAUCCUGGGAGAUGCGCUAUUGGAGGAACUGGAACGCUCCACCCUCCAGGACAGUGAUGAAUAUUCUAAUCCAGCUUCUCCUCCCCUUCAUCAGCAUUCCAAAAUGGAUAGCAACCUUGGCAAGACUCCAAAGGUCCCGCUCCUUCAGAGUGACACAGGUCCCUCAACGGUGCAGCUCAGAUAUUCUACCAAUAUCCAGGAGCCCAAUGUCUACAGGAACCGAACUCACGACCUUGCACUUGCCAGUGAGGUUCAAGAGCUGAAGGAAUCUCCAACGCCUCCUAAAACCGAAGCAGCUGCUCAGUUGGAUGAGCUCAUGUCCCACCUGAGCAAUGUGCAGGCCGAGAUUACAGUGAAAGCAGAUACCAGCAAGAAACAUGUACCAGACAAGCAGGAUCACAAAGUCUCCCUGGACUCGAUGCUUGGAGGUUUGGAGCAGGAACUGCAGGACCUCGGCAUCGCCACAGUGCCCAAGGGCCACUGUGCUUCUUGCCAGAAGCCCAUUGCAGGGAAGGUGAUCCAUGCUCUGGGGCAGUCGUGGCAUCCAGAGCACUUCGUCUGUACUCACUGCAAGAAAGAGAUCGGCACCAGUGCCUUCUUCGAGCGGAGCGGCAUGGCCUACUGCCCCAAGGACUACCACCACCUCUUCUCGCCACGCUGUGCCUACUGCGCAGCUCCCAUCCUGGACCGAGUGCUGACGGCAAUGAACCAGACCUGGCACCCUGAGCACUUUUUCUGCGCGCACUGUGGAGAGGUGUUUGGCUCAGAAGGCUUCCACGAGAAGGAUAAGAAGCCGUACUGCCGGAAGGACUUCUUGGCCAUGUUCUCACCCAAGUGCAAUGGCUGCAACCACCCGGUGCUGGAAAACUACCUGUCAGCCAUGGACGCGGUGUGGCACCCCGAGUGCUUUGUGUGCGGGGACUGCUUCAGCAGUUUCUCCACGGGCUCCUUCUUUGAGCUGGAUGGUCGUCCGUUCUGCGAGCUGCAUUACCAUCAGCGCCGGGGCACCCUCUGCCGUGGGUGCGGGCAGCCCAUCACCGGCCGGUGCAUCAGCGCCAUGGGGCACAGGUUCCACCCCGAGCACUUCGUGUGUGCUUUCUGCCUGACGCAGCUGUCCAAGGGCAUCUUCCGGGAGCAGAACGACAAGACCUACUGCCAGUCCUGCUUCAAUAAGCUCUUUUCGCUCUAAUCCCAAGUGAUCCACAGCCUCUUAGCUUGCUUCUGAGGCUUCAACUAAGAGCGGAAAAAGUGCCUUAGUUCUUCUGACCUCCUGCUUAAUAGGCUCACAGGGAAGGCAGAGGCGGUGAGCAAGCAAGGGACUGUGGGGAUGAUAGAUGAGGGAGCACGCCAUCUUAUGUUUUAGGCUUCUCGCCUUCUUUCCUGAAGUGGGUACUUGGAUGUAGGCCUAGAUCUAGUUCUUCUGUAGAUGCAUUUUUUUUUUUUACAUGCAUAAUUCAUUCCACCACUGAUUUUUUUCACUCCCAUUUUCACUUGUACUGAUGGCUGUGUUCAGAUCUCCUUUGCUCUUGGCGUUGUUCUGCCUCAGGCUUCCCUAGUUUCCCAAUUCCUCACCGCUGCUGUGACUUUCUCCCUGCUGCUGAGAGCUUGGUACCACUCCUAAGCCCUCUGUACCUCCCCUCAAUGUAUUUCUCUUUUCCAAGAGGAAGUAGAUUUUAACAGGUAUUUUUGAUAAAUAAAAUGGCUUGCAGUUCUAAUGA